UUAUUAUUAUUAUUAUUAUUAUUAUUGUUAUUGGUCCGCAAGUUCAGCAGCUCAGCGCUUUAACACACUGUGCCACCAGGGGCCCCAGGCUAAAUAAUAAUGAUACUUAUUGUUUUUGCUGUGAGAUUUCAGGAGCUGAGUGUUUGGUGUGGGAUGGAGAACACCUCUUGGCCACCUGACUUCACCUUGGGCCACGGAAAUGCCACGCUGUCGUACGAGAGCGCCCACUUUGCCGUCCUCCAGCGCGGCAUGCACCUCCUCUCCAUCGGCAUCUAUGGCAUGGCGUGCUUCUUGGGCGUGAUCGGGAACGGGCUCGUCCUCUGGAUCGCCGGCUUCCGGAUGAAGCGGCGGACGGUGAGCGCCGUGUGGCUCCUCAACCUGGCCGCGGCCGACUUCAUCUUCACCUUCUUCCUCCCGCUGAGCAUCGCGUACACCGCCCUGGGCUUCCACUGGCCCUUCGGCAGGCUCCUCUGCAAGCUCAACAGUGCCGCCGCCUUCCUCAACAUGUUCGCCAGUGUCUUCUUGUUGACCGUCAUCAGCGUGGACCGGUGCGUCUCCGUCGUCUGGCCCGUCUGGUGCCGCAACCACCGCACGCCGAGGGCGGCUUGCGGAGUCGUGGUCGUCGCCUGGGUGGCCGCCUUCGCCCUCAGCUCCCCGUACUUCGUCUUCCGAGACAUAGCACUCACUUCCCACAACAUCACCAGCUGCUACAACAACUUCGCCCUCUCCGACAACUACGACACGGCGGAGGCUCGACGGCUCUACCAGAUGCGGCACCGGGCCAUGGUGGUCACCAGGUUCCUCCUCGGCUUUGUCCUCCCCUUCGCCGCCAUCUCCAUUUGCUACAGCUUCGUGGUCUCGCGGCUGAAACGGAGGCGCCUGGCGAAGUCCUCCAAGCCCUUCCGGAUCAUCAUCGCCGUCACGGCCUCCUUCUUCCUCUGCUACUUCCCCUACCACGUCUUCUCCUUGCUGGAGAUGACCAAAGCCUCAGCCAGCCCCCGGCUCAAGAUGGCCCUGUACCUCGGCAUCCCGUUGGCGUCCAGCUUGGCCUUCUUCAACAGCUGCAUCAACCCCAUCCUCUACGUCUUCGUGGGGCAGAAGCGCUUCCGCCAGUCCGUGCUCGCGGCCUUCGAAGGGGCCUUCGGAGAGGACUUCCUCUUCUCCUUGUCCAGCAAGAGGAAAUCCAGGUCCAUCUCGCAGGCCGAGAUCCAGAUGACGUAACUGAAGGACCUCCAGAGAUCUAGGAGUCUUGAUAGAUCACAAGUUGAACAUGAGCAUCACACUCUUCAUCUUCUCCUUAUCUAGCAAGAUCUAGCAAGAUCCAGAUGAUGUAACUGAAGGUCUUCCAGGGAUCUAGGAGUCUUGGUAGAUCACAAGUUGAACAUGAGCAUCACACUCUUCAUCUUCUCCUUAUCUAGCAAGAUCCAGAUGACGUAACUGAAGGUCCUCCAGGGAUCUAGGAGUCUUGGUGGAUCACAAGUUGAACAUGAGCAUCACACUCUUCAUCUUCUCCUUAUCC